AUGACUUUCCUACACGAGGCCCUCCAAUGCCUCAAACCGACGUCAUGGGACGAAGUCCCCCAUGAUCCCGACGAGCUCCGUGACUACGUGCGCGAGAUCUUCAAAAACAGCCGCCUAAUAGCGGAAUCACUUCCAGACCCCCCAAUCUCCGACAACGAUGGCUACCCCGAGUUAGACGAUGCAACAAACUCGUCUGUCCGACAAAUACUCCCAUCAUCCGCACGAGUGCGAGAAACCGAUCCGGAGAUUACAGACCUGCAAAAGGAAUGGGGGAAACCACUCAAGAUAGGUGGACCGAAGGACAAUCCGUUAGAUGUGACUGUGUGGAAGCUUUCCGCAAAUGACGGCGGGGGCUCAUGGUUCGGGCGACGAAGCGUGCAUGAGGGCCUCCCAUUCUCGCAGUGGCGGAAGAAGCUCUCAACUGAAUACGAUGAAACACUCAAAGUAAAUCGCAAGAAGAUUGAGAAGGGACAGAUUCCUGACAAGAGCAUUCGCGGGAUCGGCGCCGAAGAAAAGAUCGAAACUAUUGAGGUCAAGGACCACGAUGGUUCGGUUCUGGGAGAUGUAAUUGUUUACCAUGUCUCCGCCCAGUUUCCCAAACCUACUGCUCCGCGCGAUUUUGUGGAGUUGAUCAUCAAUUCCGAUUCUGGAUUGAAGGCUGGCGGAACUAAGCAGCCUGGGCGCAGCUGGAUCAUGAUCUCUAGGCCGUGUGAACACCCAGAUAUCCGGCAUAAGCAGGGGUAUACUCGCGGGCAGUAUGAGUCUGUCGAGCUCGUUCGGGAGAUUCCUAAGAAAGACAGUAACGGGGCCAGCUCUUCUAGCCAGGGGAGUAAGAGGAAUAUUGAUUCUCCGUCCUCCCAUCUUCAACACCCUGAGGGGGUACCUGGGCAGGAUGGAGCUGGGGAUGACGAAGACGAAGAAAUGAACCCUGUUGAAUGGAUCAUGGUCACCAGGAGUGACCCAGGCGGCAACAUUCCGCGGUGGAUGGUGGACAAGGGAACACCACGAAGUGUGGGAGCGGACGCCGCUAAAUUCAUCAAUUGGGCUCUUCAAGAUGACAAGCCGCCCAAGCCAGAAGAAAGCACAAGUAUGGAACCUGCAAAUAAUCCAGCAGGCGCCAAGCCUAAGUCCGGGAAGUCUACAUUUGGAUACGACUCCGACCAGGCAGACGACUCGGAUUCGGAUUACGAAUCACUCGACAGCGACGGCGAGCAGUCGCAUCAUGGUCUGAUUGCCAGUGUCACCGGCUUGCUCAACAGUGGACUAGAACGGUUCGCACCACAAGUUCUAGGCUAUGGCGCCCCCCACACCAAGGUAUCCAGUGAUCUCCCAGCUGGGGACGAGGUUUCCCACAUUGAUGCAGAUGGCAUAGCCCACCUAAGCCCAAAAGGCGUCCAACAAAAUAAAACGGAGUUGGACGCCCAAUCUUCAAGAUCUCGCGAACAAGACCGUGCUUCAAUUUCCUCGGCCAAUUCUGAACAAGAAACUGCCAUCGACAAGGUAGCGCACAACAACUUGUCCAUGGAGGAACUGAACCAAGUGGCAAAGAAUGGCAAACUCACUUCCCACGAGAAAGAGCUCGCAAAACUAGCGAUCCGCAAACGCGAGGUCGAAAGCAAGCUAGAAGAAGUCCGCGCCGAACUAGAAAAGUUUCAGAUCUCGUCACAACCGCCUAGUGUCUCAGGGACCCCAGUAAAAGGCAUCAGCGAGGUAGACAGCGACACCAAUGGGAUGCGCAAGCGCGCAGCGACGAAUAGGUCUUCCGGGCCCGCCAGCACUCGCACACAGCAGAGCCAAAACCAACCGCAGAGCGAGAUCAGCAAUGAAGACCAGUCAUCUUCUACGCAGACGGCAACCCCCGACCCGCCAUUGCAUCUCCCAAAAGCAGCCUCUCAAUUUCUCAAUGGGGAAUCUAAGCUACUUAAGCAGCUGCGCAAGAUCGAGGCUAGCCAGCUGAAGGUUACGUCGAAAAUCCAAGCGAGACAGCAAAAGGAUGAGGAGCGCUCGAAGAAGUCUAAGUCCAAGAACAAGUCUGAGGUUGAUGGCUUGAAGCAGGAGGUACAUGAUCUCAAGAAGGAGGUCAAGCAGCUUCGCUCUGAGCGCCAGAAAUGGGUCGAUCUUGUUUCUUCAUUGCAGGCGGAGAAUACGAGGUUGGCGGCGAAGUCGGAUGCUUAA